AAAAAUGAGUUAUAGAGAGCGUGAAUUACGCGUUUUUGUUGGAAAUUUGCCUCCAGACAUCAGACAGAAGGACAUUGAAGAUAUUUUUCAAAAAUAUGGAAAGAUUACCUACAUUGAUAUAAAAUCUAAACCUGUUCGAGGACCUCCUUUUGCAUUUGUCGAUUUUGAUGACCCUCGUGAUGCAGAAGACGCCAUUAGAGGAAGGGAUGGCUACAAUUUUGAUGGAUACAGACUUCGUGUUGAAUCGCCCCGUGGAACUGGCCCCAGUGGUAGAGGAGGGGGAGGAAGAGAUGGCGGUGGAGGCGGCAGUCGAUUUUCUGGGAAGGAGCCUCCUCGUGGCCGAUUUUAUCGCGUUAUGGUUACUGGUUUGCCUGCUUCUGGCUCUUGGCAGGAUUUGAAGGAUCACAUGCGUGAGGCUGGAGAUGUCGUUUAUGCUGAUGUUUAUCGUGAUGGAACUGGUGUAGUUGAAUUCUCUCGCCAUGAUGAUAUGAGAUAUGCGCUCAAAAAAUUGGAUGAUUCAAAAUUUAAGUCACACGAGGGUGAAAUUUCUUACAUUCGUCUUAAGGAGGAUGGUGGCCGUUCCCGCUCAUAUACGCGUAGCCGUUCUCGUUCACGUCGUGGCUCUCCACGUUAUAGUCGCUCUCGAAGCCGAAGUUAUAGCCGCAGCCGUUCACGUUCCCGUUCAUACUAUUAA